AUGUUUCGACUAGUCGGUUUAAACGCACCAGCUGCUGCUCUCCUCUCUCCCCCGCCCUGCCCUGCCCUGGCACCAAACUUAGGUUCUCUUCCUCCUCGCCCGUUUGCUGCUAGACGAGCGGCACACAGCCGAGUGCUUUUCCUCUUAGCCCGUCUGCUGCUAGAGGAGCGACAUACUGCCGAGUUUCUCUUCAGAUGCGACCCUGCCACCUUCCUCAUGCACUCCCUCGAGCCUCCCAGCCCCUCAUCACCUGGUACGACCCCUCCCAGCCUCUCAUCCCCACAUUCCCCGCAUUCCCCGCACUCCUCAUCCCACCCGCUCUCCUCCGUGUUCCACGCAUUUUUCAAUCAGUAUCGCCCUUUCUCCCCCACUCCCCAUCCCUCCCUUCCACAGCCGUCUCCCCUCAUUCUCCACAGCCACGCCAUCCCACCCCGUCUAUUCCAUAUCUCACACAUUCUUCAACUCAUCUCUUUUCCCCCCUCUCUCUCCCUGACUCCACCCACCCAACCCGUAUAUGCAGCCAUGUCCCCUCGUUCCCCGCGCACGCCAUCCCACCCACGCUCCUCCAUGUCCCACGCAUUCUUCAACAUGGGAGUAGCGGUCCUCUCCCUCCCCCUUCCCCCCACGCCCAUACCUGCCCAACCCUCCUUCAACACACUCCCUCCCUCCAUCUCCCACACCUCCAACCCCCCCACCUCCGCCUCCUCCUCUUCCUCCUCCUCUCACCCCUCCUCCUCCUCCUCCCACUCCUCACUCUCCUCCACUCCCUCCUCCUCCUCGCAACCCGCCCCCUCGAUGGACCCAGACGCGCUGGUGAGGGCAGCGGUGGUGGUGUCUCUGGUGCUCAACUUCGCGCGCGCCAAGGGGGUGGCGCUGAGCACGGCAACAGUGGACUGGUUUGGCCUCUGGCGGUCUCUCAUUCGGAUAUGUGAUUGGUGCCGCGCGGAAAGCAACUUCCAGGGGGUAGCUCUCAGCACGGCAACAGUGGACUGGUUUGGCCUCUGGCGGUCGCUCAUUCGCAUGUGUGACUGGUGCCGCGCAGACAGCAACUUCCAGCGCCCAGGGGUGCCAGAGGUAGCGGAGAUAUCAUUGGGUUUGCUGGAAGCAUGUGUGGGCGCGGGGGCAGACCUGGUGGGCGGGUCAGGGGAUUCACUCUGGAGGGAGCAGCGUGGGAGCGAGCGGCGCCCAGGGGUGCCAGAGGUGGCAGAAAUCUCAUUGGGCCUUUUAGAGGCAUGUGUGGGAGCAGGAGCAGACCUGGUGGGCGGGUCAGGGAUUCACUCUGGAGGGAGCAGCGUGGGAGCGGGCGGGUGUGACGAUCUGGAGAUGCUGCACGCGCUGCUGCUGGCGCACAUGGGGGUGUUUGAGGGGCUGCAGGCGACGGCUGAGAGAAUCACUUUUGGGGCGGCUGCUAAAGUGUCCAUCACUGGAGGGAUCACUCUGGUGAAUAUCAAGGAGUUAAGAGAUCACUACGAGGUGCAGGCAGCAGGCAUGGGCAUGCGGCUGGGCAGCAUAACAGAGGAGCAAGCGCUAACAGUGAUCCGCAAGAAGGGCAUGAGUGGACUGAAGGUGAAGCCACGUCAUGUGGGCCCCACACACGUGUACUCAGAGGGCACGGCGGAGCUCCGGAUUCUCACUGCUGCCACCCGGCUUCUGGUGGUACACCACCGGAAAAAUUUCUGGUCGUUGUUGCCGAAGCUAGAGCUGGAAAACUAUUGA